GGGGAAAGUUUUCUCUUCUGUAUUAGCGGCUUCCACGCCACUGCAGCAAACCGCAACACAAAAACGUAUCUUUAUGCCUUUCACAAGAAACGUAAGUAUACAUUAGCUACUUCGACUAUCACUCCAGUGUACUACAGUGUAUUUUUCAGCUGCUAACAUGUUGCUAUUUUUGCUGAAGUUGCGAAGAGUUGCAGACAAAAGAAACCGGCUAGCGAGUUUGCUAGCUAGCAACUAACGUUAGCUAGGCAUUGUGGGUCAAUCCUCCUUCUACUUGCGGGCUAUGUCUUACUAGCUUGUUCUUUGUCCUUUUGAACAGUUUGGUGGGUGUGGAGGCUUGGCACCUUGUUAGCCAAUUAGCUAGCUAGUUGUAAUGUAACUACCUGCAUAGAUGGCUAGUAAAUGAAUGCAUACAUAAUACUAUUAAAUUGUUUCAUUGUUAUUACAUAACAUGUUGAUUUUACACUGCUACUACUCGCUGUUUAUCUAUGCAUAGUCACUUUACCCCUACCUACAUGUACAAAUUACCUCGACUAACCUGUACCCCCGCACAGUGACUCGGUACCGGUACCCCCUGUAUAUAGCCUCGUUAUUGUUAUUUUAUUGUGUUACUUUUUGUUUAUUUAGUAAAUAUUUUCUUAACCAACAAUGCAGUUCAAGAAAUAGAGUUAAGGGCUUGUAAGUGAGCAUUUCACGGUAAAGUCUGUUGUAUUCGGCGCAUGUGACAAAUACAAUUUGAUUUAAUUAUAUAGUUUCAAGUUUGUCAAGGGCACAAGUACAGUGAAAUGCCUUUCUUGCAAGUUCCAAACCCAACAAUGUAGUAAUCAAUUUCCCGACACAAAUGAGUGAAACUAUUAUAAAGGACCUUUGAAUGUCAACGGAGUAUGGAAUUUCUUCAUUGGGCAAGGUUUAAGGCAACACUGUGAGACCUUUGUUCUCACGCACAGCCUUCAGAACAACUGACUUGCAUGUGACUAGACUUGGCAUUGGCGCAUUGAUCCUGCAGCAUUAUACAGCUAGGUAGCUAGUACAGCACUGCAGUAUAAUUGAAUUCAGUGUAAGAAACCUGGCGCUUUGAGCAUUUUUUCAAAAACUUCUCAUUUAAGUGUUUUUGUAUUACUUUGACUAUUGCUUACAUUGUAUGACUGAAUGACUUUUUUUCUUCAUAUGCUAAUGCUUGUUAAAAAGGAGUGAGGCUCCUGGAGCAUAGCCUACUAGACUCCACCCCAUUUGCUUUGGCACAUUGAGACGUGAAGUUCCAAACUGUAUUGAUUCACUGUUGAUUUGCUUUGCUGGGUCGUUCGUAGUCUUUCCAGUGAGCUGUCAGUCACCACCAUGUCUGCUGGAAACGCUAAAAUAGGCCAGCCGGCCCCACAGUUCAAAGCCACUGCUGUGGUGGACGGACAGUUCAAAGAUAUCCAGCUGUCUGACUACAUAGGUAAGGACUUUUGACUUUCUCUAAAUGACAAUUUAAUUGGCAGGUCAGUCGUUAACAGGUUACCAUCUAACUACAAAGUUGCCUAAACAUCAGAAUGUUACCAUGGUUACUCCAUGGAUAUCAGUCUGAAAGAGUCAAGUCUCUACACCCCAGAAUGUUAUAUAAAAUGAUGUUUGAGGUUACUUUACCGGUUGUACAUGCUGUUGGUCCUUUAGGCGGUAGCGGUAGGAGGUGGUGAUGGGGUAUCCACAUGAAAGUGUUGUUUACCUGGCCCCGGUAGGUCCAAAUGUAACCAGAAGUAGUCAACCAAAGCAAUGUUUCCUCGCAAUCAGCUGGAAGUGUUUGCCAUUUGGUCUGUGGUUCUGUUAGGCUCGGCCAUAUUGUGCAAGUGUUUGGCACGUGCGAAUUGCAUCAGUAUUGAAAAUAAAAACUGGAAGUACAAACUGUUAUACAGACCAGUGUACUGAAAGUCGGGUUAAUAACACUACUCUGUGGAUAUGUUGUCUCAAUUUUCCAUCAACAGAAGGACAAACUGCACAGACAACUGGUAGAGCAAGUUUAAAUGUAAUUUUAUUCAACAUUCUGGCUUGUAAGGACCAUUUACACAAUUUUGCACACAAAUGUCACAGGCUCUAUAUACCAAUUAAUUGUGUAUUACAGCCUGAUUAAUCAGACUAACUACCAAGGUAAGGAUCUUCAUCGUUACUGUCAAUUACAUCGUUGUCUUUAACAACCAUGCAGAACUACUCAUGAUGGCAGUUUUAACAAGGUCACUCAGCUGUGUGUGCCCAAAGUACUUAAAAAAUGAAAGUGAAUAUUCUGACUACAAUGUAAAUGUAACUCUCUGAUGUACUUGCAUCUUCAAAGGUGACUUACCUUCAAAAUAAUAGGCUGUAGAGUAGCAUGUACAAUAAUCUUCGUACCCAGAACCAAAUCAGCUACUCAGUGUUAUUGCUGUCCCUGAGAUUAGGCCUACAUGUACCCAAACAUACACACACACACUCUUCUGACUCCUCUCCUGCGUGUGUCCCCUCCAGGGAAGUAUGUGGUGUUCUUCUUCUACCCGCUGGACUUCACCUUUGUGUGCCCCACUGAGAUCGUGGCCUUCAGCGACCAGGCCGAGGAGUUCCGCAAGAUCGGCUGUGAGGUCAUCGGCGCCUCCACAGACUCUCACUUCAGCCAUCUGGCCUGGUAAGAACUGGUUUAGGCUUUUGAUCAUUUAAUUGUUCAAGUCUUUUCUAUUGAUGGGAACUUUAAAGGCAUGGAGAUAUACAGUAGGGUUAAAUAUUCUUGCACCUGACAGCACCUCGAUCAGAAUGGUCAAGAGGCUAACCUAUUUGAACCGAUAACAAAUUGUCAGUGUAAAAUGUUUUCCAGCUGUCCACAUCUGCCAAUUGUAAAACAUUUAAGCAGGCUUUUGAGUACACUCCCACCCUCUGGCUAUCUUGUCUCUGCCUGCUGUACUGCCUAGUGGUGAUAGGAGCCAUAGCUCUCAGCAGACUAACGGUCACUGGACUCAAUCCAACAAUGGUGUUACAAUCAUCCAUCUAUGUAGGUUACAUUUGCAUCAAUGGUUAAUUUACUUUGUUCACUAUUAUUGUGUGAAUGUCAGCCUUUAGAAUUCUUAAUUUGACUUUCUGUUACUAUGUGACGCUCACUACAUCCUUAAUGAAGCGUAAACAAGGGCUGUAUUUGAGGUUAUGGUAUGACGACAUUGUGCGCUUUCCCUUUCCCUCCCUAUAGGAUCAACACCCCCAGGAAGCAGGGUGGACUGGGACCAAUGAACAUCCCCCUGGUGGCUGACCUCACACAGUCCAUCUCCAGAGACUACGGAGUGCUAAAGGAGGACCAGGGCAUCGCUUACAGGUCAGUUAGUUACAACACUGCCAUCAGUAGUGUGUAUGUGAAGCCUCUGUAUGCAAGGUGCUAUUUGAAGUUUUAGUGUGCACUUGUAAGGUUAUUUUUAAAUGAAUGUGUGCAUGUUUAUGUGUAUGCUUCAUUUUGCAUUUGAUUCACCUCCAUGUUAGGUGACUCCUGUAUUGAUUCUAGCACAGUCUAUCACAGAUGCCCCAUGUGGCCUUCUGACCCUCUCACUGUCUGCUUCCUCUCUCUCCCUCCGUGUCUUCUCCCUCUCUGUCAGGGGUCUGUUUGUGAUUGACGACAAGGGCAUCCUGAGGCAGAUCACCAUCAACGACCUGCCAGUGGGCCGCUCUGUGGACGAGACCCUGCGUCUGGUGCAGGCCUUCCAGCACACAGACAAAUACGGCGAGGGUAAGCGACUAGCAGGUUUUACAUGUUUUUGCUACCUAGUUCUUACUUCAGGAACCAGCACAGGGCUCUACAGUGCGACCAUUUUACUCACAUAUGCGGCAAAAUAGUUUGCGCCACCUGGAACUUUGUGCGCCUACAUUUUUCAACUUUGUUGCACACGUGCUCCUUGUAAUAAAAAGUCUGCAUAGAGCCUGCAGCAUCUGGAUCUAGUCGCGUUGCUAUGCACAGGACAUUUCGGCAUGGUCAUUCAGUAAACCAACAGCUAACACUUUCUGUUUACAACACCUAUACAAUUUCAUUAGGCUAUUUUAUAUGGGAGCUCAGUUAGUUUAGAACAUGUGGAAUGUGUUUGGAAGAAUAUUCCAUGUCAGUGUGACUCAUCCUGGGCUUGUCCCUCUCUUCCUGGAAUAGUGUGUCCCGCUGGCUGGAAGCCAGGCAGUGACACCAUCGUCCCCGACAUCCAGAAGAGCAAGGAGUUCUUCUCCAAACAGUAACCACACAACGGAGCCUCAGGCUGUGUCCAAAAUGGCACCCUAUGUAGUGCAUAUGGACCCCGGUCAAAGGUUGUGCACUUUAGUGAAUAGGGUGCCAUUUCCGACCCACGCUCAGGCACUCCUGAGAUGUCCUAGCACUUACCUUCAGAUGGGAAGUCCCCCCCUUUAGCAGCAGUCUCUUGGCGUCCAACCCACACUUGUACAUCUUUAGUUCUAAAGAACUCGUUAGACUCCCACUCUUCUAUCUUGACAUUGUUACAAAAUCUUGUAUCUGUAUGACAAACUACUGGUGGAAACAGUCUCUUCUAGUCCCAAGCACUGAAAGUGUUUUGUUUUUUCUCCUUUAUCUCAAGUGUUAGAAAAACAU